GCAUCUCUUUCAAAUUACAGUGCAGGCGGACCAGACAACAUUUUCUGAAUUAGCAUCCCUGGGACUCCUCUGCUCACACACGCAGAACACAUCUAGGGUACAGCAAGGUACCUGUCUGCUUCACCUAGAGACAUCAUCUUUAGACCACUUUGGAUUAAGGGGGGGAACUCUGAAUUUCUGCAAAGCAAGGAAGCAGUUGGGAAUCAGAAGCAGGAGUUUCAAUGAGGAUCCCAUUGUGUUCACCUGCCUGAUUAAUUAUUAUUUUUUUUUUUUAAUGGUAGUUGCUGGAUGGGAGAAAUGCAAUGCUGGGCUAGGUGAAUGAGUUAAGUUUUUUUGGAGUUCCAUUUGAAGAAAAGGUGUGACCUACCAUCAAUAUGGAAAUUUAAGAGGGAUCUUUUGAUGGAUAUCGAUUUUAAAGCAAGACCACAGAAUGGGUAAAAGAGAGGUACAGAGCUUCACCAGAUGGGCAUUGCUUCUAACUCUCUGCCUUUUAACCUUAUGGGGACGUAUAGCAGCGGCUUCGACCCACCACAGAAUUCACUCAGUUCAUGUGGAGCCAGGUACCUGUGAAGUGAUUGCUGCCCACAGAUGCUGCAAUAAAAACAAGAUUGAGGAACGGUCGCAGACAGUAAAAUGUUCCUGUUUUCCAGGCCAAGUUGCGGGGACAACAAGGGCAGCUCCAUCAUGUGUAGAUGCGUCUAUAGUUAUCCAGAAAUGGUGGUGUCAGAUGCAGCCAUGUUUAGAUGGCGAGGACUGCAAGGUUCUACCAGAUUUGACUGGGUGGAGUUGUAGUAGUGGGAACAAAGUCAAAACAACAAAGGUUACACGAUAGUUUCCGGGGAACAUGUAGCAUUCUUCCAAAGGGUACAAAUGCUGUCAUGGGCCAAGGCUACACACCGGCAUAUUGUACACCUUCCCAUGCAAAGAAAGUCCGUCCCUGGAUUUGGGUGAAUAUCUGACAUUAAUAAGGAGUACUAUGCUAAUGUAAAAUAAACUUCUUGACUCCUCAAAAAUCAUGGGAAAUUGAUCUUCACAAAAGCCGUUCAACAAUUUAUAUGGACAAUGGAUAACGAAGAAUAUUUUAUGUUGAACUAAGAGCAGAAUCCCCAUAUUACAAGCUGAAGCUUAUAGGAAAUCACUGUUUAAGGCAGUGCUAAUCUAAGCAGCUGCCAAUUUAACUCAGUUCCUUGAAGAGCGGUUUUAAAUUACGAUUGCCAAGAAAUCUGUCAUAAUAUAAGGUUGUAUUUUUUUUUUUUUUUGUAAGAAGCAAUUUCAUUCAGUCCUCCCAUUCCACUUUAAUGACUUGAAACAAAACAUUUUCUUCUCUGCUGAAUGAUGACUGAAGUAUAUGCCGGAUGUUGACCGCAAGGCACACACGCUGUGCACAUAAUGUUUUAUUUUGUCAUAUAGAACUGCAGGGUCUGUAGUUAUAUACCUAGAUUCUAUCUAUCCCUGCCCUUGAAAGAAUACACCUUUUUUAGUGCCUGUAUAGCAGGAAGGUCAAGUGAUUUUUCCCAAGGUCAAAAUAUGUUAUCACAUGACUUUGAGCAUGUACUGCUCCAUUAACCCUUACCUUUUCAGAAGAGUGUACAGAUCACAGUAGCACUAAAAUGCAUUUAGACUUCUGUCUGCGAUACGUAUAAUGCAUUCAUUCCAGCCAGAGAAACAUCUCCAUUUUU